AUGGCGUCUAACCCGGCCGCGGAAAGGGGGAUUCCAUACCCGAAUGCUUUUGGGUUUAUCAGAGCGUUGCAGGGAUCCAAGAAAGGAGACCGCGUGGAAGGACUGUACAAUCUCAAGAAGUAUCUCAAAAAUUUUGGUUAUAUUGAUCAUCUUUCUUACAGCAGCAGCUCCGCCGAAGCAGAUUACUUCUCCGAUCAACUGGAGUCCGCCGUCAAAACUUAUCAGACCUACUCCCACCUUAAUCCCACCGGAGUUUUGGACGCCGACACUGUAUCACAGAUGAUGAAGCCUCGAUGUGGAAUGCCGGAUAUCACUGGAGGCGUCAACGUAAUGCAGAGGCGUAAAUAA